GAAGGGGGGAAUUAGAAAUUUAGGUCGCAGGACUUACCCCAUUUUCUGUACCUUUUUUAGUUAAUAGAAUUGAAUUGCAGCUCGAGGAACGAAGAGGUUGAAACACAACCGCAGAUAAGCAUGCAUACAUACAGAGCAGGAAAUUUACAGGGAGAGAAAAGUAUAGAGAAACAGAGAAAGCAUUAAUAAAGGAGAUUGUUUAUUUAUUUAUUUAUUUUUAUAGAAAAGGCUUUUAUUUGAAAGUUCCCAAUAUCCAUAAGCCCCACAACUACCCUAAACAGAACAAAGGUGGACAUAAAGGAAGGUUGAAUACGAGGUGGAAGAUGUGUUAUGCUCCUAUAAUGUUAUAUUACUAUGUAUGACAUAGCCCAUAGAAAGGGGUGAUAUAGUGGGAAAAAAAAGAAAAGCAAUUCCAGAUGGUGGGUGGUAACAGUAAUUCGAGGCAAUAUCAUGAUACAACUUCUACCAAAAUCUUUGUUGGAGGGUUAGCUUGGGAGACUCAAAGGGACACAAUGAGAAGGUAUUUUGAGCAGUUUGGAGAGAUUUUAGAGGCUGUUGUUAUCACAGACAAGAACACUGGGAGAUCAAAGGGUUAUGGUUUUGUCACAUUCAAGGAUCCAGAAGCAGCAAAAAAAGCAUGUCAGAACCCCUCUCCAAUAAUUGAUGGAAGGAGGGCAAACUGUAAUAUUGCAUCUAUUGGUGCAAAGAAGAAUCGCCCCCAAACUCCUCAACAUGGACGGUUUAGACCAGCCCCUAGCAUGUUGGCUUCACCUGCAUAUCAUGGCCUUUCUUCUACAUUUGUCCAUCAAACCACUGGACAAUACACAUUUCCUUAUUCAACCAGAUAUACUGGACAAUCGCAAGAAACAAUGUACCCCAUGAAUUGUUAUGGUGUGUAUGGAGGUCAACAAUUCUCAACUUACUAUGCAUCCAAUGGAGCAUCUGGGCCAGUGGGAUUGAUUCAUAAUAUUUACCCUUUCAGUGCCCAGUAUGGGUACAAUAACCACCAAUUACAUGGUUUUGGAGUUCAAUAUCCCCAAAUACUGCAGCUUCCAUUUCUCCCUAGGCAAUAUGGUGCAGCUGGGAUCAUGACAUAUGCUUCUUCAAUGGCAAUGCCAACUACUAGUGCAGUUACAACAACAGCAACUACAACAACAACAGAGGCCACAUCAACAGGUGAAGGUGCUUCAGAAGCGGCUGGAACAACUUCUGAACAAAAUUCCUCAACUUAAUCUCUACAGAGACAAAGAAAUGCUGUCUUGUAAGGCUAAAUAUAUUGAAAGAUGAUGAAAAGGGUCAAGAACCAAGAAGGGAUGACAGUGUACAAGAAGCAUAUUAAGUACUGAUACAUAAAAGAAGCAAAGAUUAUCAGCUACAUAUCAAAGAGAAGUAAACCAAUAACUCAAGACAGAAUUGUUUAUUCAAGG